GGCGCAGAGCAUCGCCCAUUUUUUUAUAAGGGAAAACCGGUGCUUUCAUGAUAACCUAGCCCAAAGUACAUCAGUCCUUCAUUGUUUUCUUUGAAAACGCGGAAGCCCGGUGACAGGAGUAGGCGAAGCAGGGAGCAAUGUCGCCACCGACGAAGAAAGAGAGGGCGGCAGAGGCCAGGGCGAGCUCGUCAAAACCGAUCGUCGCGGGGGCUCCCCAGGUUCAGCGGCGGAGGGUGAGCGGAGGCGGGUGGACGAGCCGCCGGAUAUCCUUCUACGCCUCCCGCGUCUACUUCCUGCUCAUCAUCCUCCAGAUCCCGCUCUUCAGGGUCCCUUGUAGAGCAGGCACAUGCACUACACCUAUUCAAAUUACAUCUUCACAGUUGGUCUCAAAUGAGAUAUUCCCACCAUCUGUUGUGAAGGCCAUGCUCUACCCUGGAGCUAUAGUGCGCAACCUCACUACAAGCAUGCGCAUGACAUUUCCAAGGUGGAGUGACCUGUUUGACAUAUACAAUCUGACAGAAGCUAAGAAUGCUUCAGCAGUAAUUGAUCUACAGCGUCUAGAGAUGCUUGCUGGAAGCUACUUCUGUGUUGCUGGAGCACUCGUUGGCAUCAUUAAUCCUGGGAGGAUGAUCUUGUUUGGUACGCUUUUGGUUAUCUGGGGUCUUGUGAAAGAUGCGCUCUUUCGGAAGCCUGUGAUCAGUGAUCUAACAGAACCAGUAUAUGUCUAUCCUACCAUUUUGAUUGCACUGAUUUGUUCAUUCAUGUCAAUAACAUACAAUGUGAAGAAGAAGGCGAUGAGCAGCCAGUCUGUUUCUAUCUCUAAGCCACUGCAAAGUUCUGCCAAGUCAAAACUGAAAUUACUACGACUGCAGCAUCGGGCGACCCUUAAUUUUAUGGAGUAUUACUUAAUUUUUGCAAGUUGCAACGAAUCAUUUCUCCCAUCUAUGUUGCUUGCUACUCUGCAAAUAUAUCUCAAAUACUUGGACGUAUGGUAUGAUAUCUGUGCCCACUGAUUUUCUUUGUCAAUACACGUCUGUUAAAUCAUCAGAUUAUUCCUUUCAAAAGGACGAGAUCCUUUUCUUGCAUAAUUUUCUUGUGUAGGAACAGAACAUUUCAAACUGGAUUUCAACAAAUCGGACGAAUUUCAACAAAUCGGACGAAGUACAUACAAACCUUAUUUUUAUGGAUUUUUAUCUAAACCAAGGCACAUUCAUUAACAAAAGCAACUAAACCGAGUCUGAAUCUAAGGCGGCGCAUGUCCUCCAUGUCUUACAUUUUGGAUGUCGAUAUCCACCUCAUGUGUGGUAUAUUAGACAUGCGCCCACACACAGCCCGACAUUAGAAUUGCUCAUACGUGUGGGCGUAACUACUUCGUGGCAUACAUCCAACAAGUACUACUCAUCUAUAUCUGGCGCGUGUGGCACGAAGCAAAAAUGCCCACACGUUCUGGCACAACUAUGUUAGAUACCCGCGGGAUGAUGAUUUAGUUGUCAUCUUGGAUGGCAGAUGUAGUUAUUCGGAAUGGUAAGUGUAGUUGUAAAAGCAUGGCAACUCUAUCUAUUUAGGUUAACUAUAGUUGCUAUGUCUAAUUUAUGAUAGUUGCCAUGCGUAAUCAAACCGUAAUUGCCGUGUGUGAUUAACUACUUGCUACAUCUAUACCUCUAUAUUUAUAUCUAUAUCUAUAUCUCUACCUUAUUUUUUACUAAUAAAGAAGCGAUUGCUUGGGGUCGUACGUCAUUAGCAAAUUUACAAAAAUGUCCCUCUGGUUAUGAGAAUUCAACCCGCGGUCCUAUUUUAAAUUAAGAAAACGCUUCAUUUUUACAUAAAACACCCGGCAAUCACCACCGUGCACCACGGCCUCUUAUCCAUUCCCUCCACCACCACCGGGCACGCGCCGCCACGCACAGCCGUUUGCCGCUAGAGUCCACGCCACAGGAGCCAAGGAGGCGGGCGCACGCGUUGCCCGAGCCCAGGAAUGGGGCGAGGCGUCGCGGCUGGCGUUGGCAAAUUCAUUCCCGGCGGCGGCGGCUUCCGGCGAGGAGGCGAGCGAGCUCGGGGAGCUCCGGCGGGGGCUUGUCGCCGGCGAGGCGAGGCCGAGGCGGCGGUGCGCGGGCGCGAGGAGGCGGGUCGAGGAGGCGCAGGAGGACGCUGGGCGGGGGCUUGGCGAGGGUGACGGCGGUUGCGAGGGCUUGGCGGCGACCGGCGUGCUCGCUUGGGAGGAUGGAGGCUGCCUCGCCAGGGCUCGGGCGCGGCAGUACGGCGUCGGGACGUUGCCGAUGUCGCCGGGGCCGGGACGGUGGUUUAACGGGCGACGAGGAGGAGGUGCUGUCCUAGAGCCAGCGACGGCGGCUGCAGCUUGACGAUGCGGGCGUGAACUGCUUGCUUCAGGGGCUGCGGGCCGUGAGCGGCGCUGUGCUUGCGCGCGAGACCUGUGUCUGAUUUGGAAAGAAUCAAUCCGUUGAAGGAGAAGGCCAAUGCAACUGCUCUCUAGAUAGGCACUCGAGUGUCCAUCCCAAUGGAAUGGUACAAAUUGCUGCUGGUACUGAACAUUGACAGGUAAAACUUAGCAUAUCCAGAAAUACAUCAUUAUAAGCUACUUCCAUAGAUGCAUCUAGAUCAUAGCAUCUGAACUUGAGGAUAGCAGACAAAAAUUCAAACAGAAAGCAAGCUACGCUCCAUAUUGUGUUCUUUAUAUCCCAUAUCGAAUAACAGGUUCGUAUUUGAUUGGUUUCUUCACAGCAGCGCAUGGACGAUAAAAGAUCUCUGUUUUGAUAUAUUUCUAUGCCAUGAUUUGUCUAUUGCCACUGUUUCUGAAUUUUUUUUCGUCCAUAAAUCAUGCGACUCAAGUCAAUUUGAGAUCGAAUUUGUUCAUGAGGUCAAGACGGAACCUUGCGACAGCUCCAGGCAAGCAACAACAAACAGACUUUGUUGUUUUUAGUCUAAUGCGAUAUUUGUUGGGCAUCACCGAGGAAUGCCAGCAAAGGCGUGAAGAAAUACUCGUAAUCAGUGUGACAUGUCGUGUGAGAUGAAGGUGGCAAACCAUCACUUGAAGCCAAGCAUGUGGUGGAUCCGCCAUGGAUGAUGGAUGGACCGAUGAGUGUAGAAGUUUGAGCUGCGAAACUUUGUGCGAUCGAGCUCUUGGUGCAAUUAAGCAUAUGGCUUUUGUGAUGUGUCAUGUAGGCAGUGAUUGACUAUAUUUCUUUCCCUCUUAAAUUUGUUGUAAUAAGGUUACCCUUUACAGAAGAAAGAUUGAACCGCCUUUUGGUUUAGGUAGAAGCACCCUUUGAUGUUUUCCAAUUCUUUGUAUUCAUUCUAUUAUGUGCUAUAAUAGUUAAUUGCAUAUAUAUGUACUAUGUUUGGAUAUUCUCACGCAACAUCUAUGUACAACAGAUGCAGAUUUUCAGAA